AUGAUUUACUAUUUUAAAGAAAUCGAAUAUUCAUUGACCAAUAUGUAUAUUACAUCAUCAUCAUCAUCAUCAUCAUCAUCAUCAUCAUCAUCAUCAUCAUCAUCAUCAUCAUCAUCAUCAUCAUCAUCAUCAUCAUCAUCAUCAUCAUCAUCAUCAUCAUCAUCAUCAUCAUCAUCAUCAUCAUCAUCAUCAUCAUCAUCAUCAUCAUCAUCAUCAUCAUCAUCAUCAUCAUCAUCAUCAUCAUCAUCAUCAUCAUCAUCAUCAUCAUCAUCAUCAUCAUCAUCAUCAUCAUCAUCAUCAUCAUCAUCAUCAUCAUCAUCAUCAUCAUCAUCAUCAUCAUCAUCAUCAUCAUCAUCAUCAUCAUCAUCAUCAUCAUCAUCAUCAUCAUCAUCAUCAUCAUCAUCAUCAUCAUCAUCAUCAUCAUCAUCAUCAUCAUCAUCAUCAUCAUCAUCAUCAUCAUCAUCAUCAUCAUCAUCAUCAUCAUCAUCAUCAUCAUCAUCAUCAUCAUCAUCAUCAUCAUCAUCAUCAUCAUCAUCAUCAUCAUCAUCAUCAUCAUCAUCAUCAUCAUCAUCAUCAUCAUCAUCAUCAUCAUCAUCAUCAUCAUCAUCAUCAUCAUCAUCAUCAUCAUCAUCAUCAUCAUCAUCAUCAUCAUCAUCAUCAUCAUCAUCAUCAUCAUCAUCAUCAUCAUCAUCAUCAUCAUCAUCAUCAUCAUCAUCAUCAUCAUCAUCAUCAUCAUCAUCAUCAUCAUCAUCAUCAUCAUCAUCAUCAUCAUCAUCAUCAUCAUCAUCAUCAUCAUCAUCAUCAUCAUCAUCAUCAUCAUCAUCAUCAUCAUCAUCAUCAUCAUCAUCAUCAUCAUCAUCAUCAUCAUCAUCAUCAUCAUCAUCAUCAUCAUCAUCAUCAUCAUCAUCAUCAUCAUCAUCAUCAUCAUCAUCAUCAUCAUCAUCAUCAUCAUCAUCAUCAUCAUCAUCAUCAUCAUCAUCAUCAUCAUCAUCAUCAUCAUCAUCAUCAUCAUCAUCAUCAUCAUCAUCAUCAUCAUCAUCAUCAUCAUCAUCAUCAUCAUCAUCAUCAUCAUCAUCAUCAUCAUCAUCAUCAUCAUCAUCAUCAUCAUCAUCAUCAUCAUCAUCAUCAUCAUCAUCAUCAUCAUCAUCAUCAUCAUCCUCAUCAUCAUCAUCAUCAUCAUCAUCAUCAUCAUCAUCAUCAUCAUCAUCAUCAGCAUCAUCAUAUCAUCAUCAUCAUCAUCAUCAUCAUCAUCAUCAUCAUCAUCAUCAUCAUCAUCAUCAUCAUCAUCAUCAUCAUCAUCAUCAUCAUCAUCAUCCAUCAUCAUCAUCAUCAUCAUCAUCAUCAUCAUCAUCAUCAUCAUCAUCAUCAUCUCAUCAUCAUCAUCAUCAUCAUCAUCAUCAUCAUCAUCAUCAUCAUCAUCAUCAUCAUCAUCAUCAUCAUCAUCAUCAUCAUCAUCAUCAUCAUCAUCAUCAUCAUCUCAUCAUCAUCAUCAUCAUCAUCAUCAUCAUCAUCAUCAUCAUCAUCAUCAUCAUCAUCAUCAUCAUCAUCAUCAUCAUCAUCAUCAUCAUCAUCUCAUCAUCAUCAUCAUCAUCAUCAUCAUCAUCAUCAUCAUCAUCAUCAUCAUCAUCAUCAUCAUCAUCAUCAUCAUCAUCAUCAUCAUCAUCAUCAUCAUCAUCAUCAUCAUCAUCAUCAUCAUCAUCAUCAUCAUCAUCAUCAUCAUCAUCAUCAUCAUCAUCAUCAUCAUCAUCAUCAUCAUCAUCAUCUUUAUGUUAA